UGCUCUGGAUGCCCGUGGCAGCCAUCUUUGUUGAUGUGUCAGCUUUCAGUUCCUGUGAAGGGGCUGCAGCAGGAAGAAGCGGAGCGAGAAUGGCUCUGUACCCUCCCUCUACACGCACACCCACCCCGUUACGCAGUCUGGGUCUUCGGUUCUAAUUAGCAAUGGGAGAGCGGCUACUAACGCAACAGAUGCUCUGGUCCCCAGCUUCCUAGCAAACGGAUUCUUGGUGGAAAGAUGGAUGAACACUUACCAGAACAGCAUACUACUCCAAGGAUGGUCAACCUAUCAAAGAUUGGUAAUGAAUCUUCCAACUUACCAAGUGUUGAAGAAGCUGACAAAAAGUAUGAUAUUCAGGAUGAUGUACAUAUUGCAGACACAAGAUGUGAAAAAAGCACUUUAAGCAUAGAAAAUAAAGAGUUAAUACAGGAUCCCACCUUAUCAUCUAUCGAUUUAAAUGAGGAUGGAGAUGUAAUUGAAGCACAACCUGCUCCAAAUUUUAACGGAGACUGCUGUGAGUUAAAAGUAAAAGAAUCCAAGGAAGCAGAUCGCUUGCCCGGUGAACAAAGUGAACAACAGGUUUUGAAAACUGAGGACAAAAAUCAAUCCUUGACGGACCUAUUUCAAGAUCAUGUGAAAAGACCUUAUGGGGUCUGUUCAGAGAGCCCAUAUGACACGGAUUACACUAAGAACCUUAUCUCAAAUCUAGAGAAUGCUUCCUCUCAGGAGGCUUUGCUAGAAGAAAUUGAAUCUGAGCUCCUGUCAACAGAUUUGUUGAAAAAUCCUACACUUUCAAACGGAAUGUGCAAUACCAAGGCUACCUUGGCUGUAUUUGAAAAAUGCAUUCAAGAUAAAUAUUUACAGCAAGAGCACAUAAUAAAGAAAUUGAUUAAAGAAAACAAGAAGCAUCAGGAACUAAUUUUGGACAUUUGUUCAGAAAAGGACAACUUAAAGGAUGAGCUGAAGAAGAGAACAGAAACUGAAAAGCAACAUCUCAAUAUAAUUAGACAGCUGGAAGUGAGAAUAGAAGAACUUCAGAAAGAAGCUAAAACAGUUAAAGAAAAACUUGUAUCUCAGGAUGCUGCUGCAAAAAAUGCUAUACAGCAAUUGCACAAAGAGAUGGCCUUUCGUACAGAUCAGGCAAACAAGAAAUGUGAAGAAGCCCGUCAAGAAAAGGAAGCUAUGGUCAUGAAGUAUGUUAGAGGAGAAAAGGAGUCUUUGGACCUGAGAAAGGAAAAAGAGAUCCUCGAAAGAAAACUGAGAGAUGCCAACAAAGAUAUUGAAAAGCAUACUAACAAAAUCAAGCAGCUAUCCCAGGAAAAAGCAAGAUUGCACCAACUAUUCGAAAGCAAGGAAAAUGAAACCACCAGAAUGUCACGAGAUAUUGAAAAAUUAAAAGAAGAAGUCAAUUCUUAUGUGAUCAAAGUAAAAUGGGCUCAAAACAAAUUAAAGGCUGAAGUGGAUUUACACAAGGAAACUAAAGAUCGCCUUAAAGAGGCAACAGCAAAGUUAACUCAAGCCAAGGAGGAAGCUGACCAGAUACGAAAGAAUUGCCAAGAAAUAAUAAAAACAUAUCAGGAGUCUGAAGAAAUUAAAUCCAAUGAAUUGGACAUAAAACUUAGACUUACCAAAGGAGAACUGGAGAAACAAUUGCAAGAGAGAUCUGAUCACCUAGAGGUCCAUCAUGCCAAGAUAAAAGAACUUGAAGAUGUGAAGAGAACAUUUAAGGAAGGCAUGGAUGAAUUGCGAACAUUAAGGACAAAGGUCAAAUGUUUAGAAGAUGAACGGUUGAGAACAGAAGAUGAGUUAUCAAAAUACAGAGAACUUAUUAAUCGACAGAAAGCUGAAAUUCAUAGUUUGCUAGAGAAAGUGAAAACUGUAGACCAGCUGCAGGAGCAACAUCAAAGAGAUGAACAAGAAAUGAACUCUUGGAAGGAAGAGGUGGAUAGUCUGAACACUCUGCUUAGCGACUUCCAGAAGGACAUAGAUGGCAGUCGGAAAAGAGAAUCUGAGCUGUUGGUGUUCACCGAAAAGCUAACCACGAAGAAUGCCCAACUCCAGUCAGAAACCAACUCCUUACAGAUGCAGCUUGAUAAGAUAACCUUUAUGGAGAGAGAGUCUCAGAAUCAGCUGGAACUUGUUAAUCAAGCAAGAGAUGAACUGGCAAAUAAGUUGAAGAAGGAAGAUGAGCUCCACAGAAACAAGGUCCAGAUCCUGGAGAUGGAACUGGCAUCUCAACAGAAAUCAUUUGCAGACUUGAACACCAAGGCGGAGGAAUUAAAAGAUGAACUCAUGACGCAGAAGCGAAAACAUGCUGCAAAUCUUAAAGAUCUCACCAAGCAACUUCAGCAAGCACGAAGAAAAUUGGAUAACCUUGAAAAUGGCAGUUGUGAUAAAGAAGUCAGCAGCAUGGGCAGUCGUUCUAGCUCAUCAGGAUCCCUUAAUGCUCGAAGCAGCAAUGAAGAUCGUUCACCAGAAAACACUGGCUCUUCAGUAGUAGUUGAUCAUUUUCCUGAAGUGGACAAGACUAUCUUGAUUGAGCGAAUAGUAAGACUGCAGAAAGCACAUGCUCGAAAAAAUGAAAAGAUGGAGUUCAUGGAGGAUCAUAUCAAACAACUAGUGGAAGAAAUCCGGAAAAAAACCAAAAUAAUCCAGAGUUACGUUUUGCGGGAAGAAGCUGGCACACUUUCAUCUGAAGCAUCGGAUUUCAAUAAAGUACAUUUAAGUCGGCGCGGUGGGAUCAUGGCCUCUCUCUAUACAUCACACCCUGCAGACAGCGGACUCACAUUAGAACUCUCUCUGGAAAUAAACAGGAAACUGCAGGCAGUCCUGGAGGAUACCUUAUUGAAAAAUAUUACCUUAAAAGAUAACCUACAAACCCUUGGAACUGAAAUAGAACGAUUAAUUAAGCAGCAACAUGAAUUAGAACAGAGGCUGAAGCAGACAUAACUGAGACCAAGAUCACAAAAAACCUUGCUGACCUCCAGUUUCCAGGUUUUUGGCAAAAUAUUGGCAACUAUGUUCUUGAGACUUUAUAUUGAAGACAUUUAUAGGAUCAUGAAAUCAAAUCAGUCUGAUACUUUAGAAGCCUCACUGAUUUCAUCUUCAGAAACGACCCACCUCCUUCAAACAUAUCUGCUUGACGAAGAGCAAGAAACUUGAUUGGGGAGGUUUAAUGAAAACAAAAUUUUUCUGACUGUUGAAUCUGCUACAAUGACAAUAUAUUUUUUAUGACUCUAUUUGCUUUAAAUAGUGACCAAGUAUCAAGUUUGAAUUGAUCUUCCAUGUUAGUACACUAAAACCAAAGUCCCCCUUGAAUGCAGCUCAAUUUUUUGUGAUUUUUAUGGACCUGUCUGUUUUAUUGCCAAUAAUAUGAAUUUGCUAUUAUUUCUUUCUGUGGUUUUUCAAAUGUGUUAAUUUUUCAUUCUAAAUUAGUAUUUCCUCAUUGUCUCCCAUCCAAGAACAAUGUCCCCUGAUACUUCAUUUUUAGAUCAUUCAUUGCAGUACGAGCAAUAAACAGCUAAUACAUGGCUUGGACAAACAACUUGUGAAUGCUGUUUAUUAGCAGUAUUAAGUAAGUGAAGUGGCUUUCUUUAUAGUCUUUCUUUAUAUUCAAAAUAGUUAAACACCCAUGGAUUUAUACAAAAAACUUUUGAAACCAAACAAUAGCUAAAUUGAAGAGAGUUUAAUCCGUUAAGGUCCAAUAACCUCUUCUUCAUUAGUGUUCUUUUUUAACUUUUAGCUCACUGAAUGAGGAAAAGUUGUAUGAUAUAUACCACUGGAAAGUCUACAACAAGGAAAACCAAGCAUAAUGAAUGAGUCAGGAAGAAAAAAAUGCAAUGGGAAAAGAAAAUUUGAAAAUUACUCAGACAAUCUUAAAGUAUUCUAAGCUGGUCUAUGGAUUCAACUGUAACUGUUUUGCUUGGUUCAGAAUAUAUUUCACAAAUAGCAAUUAACUUAAUAUUAUUUAUUCCUCAGAACUCAGAUCUUUGGUAAAGUGAUUUCCUGACCAGAAAAGGAUUAUGUGCUAAGCUUGUGUUUCUCAAAUUUACCAACUUUAAGAUACUUGAACUUCAACUCCCAGAAUUCCCAAGCCAGCUGGUGGAAUUCUGGGAGUUGAAAUCCACAUGUUUUAAACAGGUGAUUUUGAAAAACACAAUUGUGAGCAAUUUGAUGUGUGUUAAACAAGUUUACAGGAUUUUUUACUAUUCAGAAAGGGGAUACCUACUUGAGCGUGAAGGAGGAUAGGACAAUCUGUUUAUUAUUUUGCAAAAUAUGUAGGCUAGAUUCCUAGAUUCUUCUAGAAUUACUGAUUCCUAGAGAUCAGUAAUAACAUUGAAAGGAAAAAAGAUUGUAUUAUCAAUUUGUCUUUGAAGAUGUUUUGCUAACGGAGAAUAUACGGUAUAAUGAAAUAUGGUAUAGUAAAACAAGCAGCGAUGUUCUUCUCAAAUGUAAACUGAUAUCCAGAUAUAAAUCAUUUUAAAAACCAGAUCUAUUAUCUGAUAAAAUAUGUUUUUGAAACGGAAGACAAAUUUGGAUUAAAUGUCUUGCUUCUUUUAUGUUUUCAAUUCCAGUCACGUUUUCUUUACCAUUCGGAUAAUCCCGAAUGGUAAAUUCAUUAAAAGUGAACUCACAUUUGAAUGCUUUGCUUUCACUCUAUUCUUCCUUGAUCUUGAGUGUCAAAGCCUGAAAGUUACAAUUAGUUAUAAAAGACUUUCAAUGCUUCUGUAAUUCCUGGCUUACAUGCUACGAGAAGUUGCAAUUAACUGCAAUGUUCUGGCUUUUUUAAAAAAAAAUUGCUACUUGCAUGAAGAUUGGAGAGAAGCGGAAGCAAAUGUGGAACAUGUCUGAACCUACUUUGGUUUGUUAGUCAGUAUUAAAUUGCACACACUUGUCAGAAAUUCUUCUCAAUUCUUAACAGCACGUUAUUAGUAAAUCAUACAGACCUUUGUAGCCGAGUGCUUUCUUAGAGAUACGGUGACUGACAUCUGAGGGCACUAGCCUUCCAAAAUGUCAAAUAAUGCAAUAAGUGCUACUUAACCUAAGAAUGAAGACUUGUAUUUACCUGUUGUUGCGUAGCAUGAGGGAGCUGAAGAAUGCAAAAAUCUGAUUCACAUGAUGACACAGCAUUUAGCUUCAUAUUUGAACUUAAUGGCAAGUUGAGUUUAUAGCACUGGAAAGUACUGUUUUAAUGUAGGAUGAUAGUUUGACUUCGAUGUUAAGUAGCACUGUGAUUAAGACAUUCCUACAAGUAAUCACUUGAUGUUGCUAGUACAAGCCCUGAUAGUUAUUGUUCCUCUUACCAACAACUUCCAUCCAUGCGCAAAAUGCACAAAAAAUAGACAAACGGGAGUUUGUCUAAAUUGCUUUCUUUUGUCUUCAGAAUGACCACCACAGGAUAUUUGGCUUCCUUGGGGAAAAAUGCUCUGUUUUUUGUAAAAACAGCUUGCUUGCAAAUUCAUUGCAAAUACUGUGAAGUUGGUGUUUAAUGAUGAGCACAAAAAAAACAUCUUUUGAAUCAGAAGUCACACGCUGCUAGUAAUAUAUAACUAGAAUUGGAAGUUAAAACCCACCCCUUUUCUAGAAAAAUGAAAUAUUUUAGGAUAUACUAAAAAGGCAGAAUAUUUCCCCUAAAAGAGAAGUAGAAUAGAUAGGCAGAAACUCAAUCCCCCCCCCCCUUUGUCAAUGCCAAUUAAGGCAUCAGCAUCCCAUCUGCAACAAAAAAGAUUCCUCUAGCAACAGAAACUCACACAUGGCACCUGGGAAGAUUAUAUCAGCCAGCAAGGCUAGCUAAGACCCCUGCCCCCUGCGAGUCUGACAACCAAUCAGGAUACUCUUCCUGUGCCCCAGGAAGUUCAAAACCAGAGAGGAUAUAAAACCCAGGGACUCUCAGCAUCUCUCCCUUUUUUCUGCUCAAGAACUCAAACCAUGUGAUCCUGUCCACGAAAGAUAAAGAGGAUAAAGGAUCUGCUGUUAGACCACUUGCAAUUUGCAUACUGAGCAAAUAGAUCAACAUAUGAUGCUGUUAAUAUGGCUCUGCACUACAUCCUACAACAUCUUGAAUCUCCAAAGACACAAGGGUCUUCUUUCUACACUUUAGUUCAGCAUUCAAUACCAUCAUUCCUGACACUCUUCUAACUAAGCUAAAGCAGCUACAGUUACCUGAACACACUUGUAAGUGGAUCAUAAGCUUCCUAAAAAACAGGAAGCAGCAGGUGAAGCUAAGCAGAAUCACAUCAGAUACCUGUACAAUUAGCACAGGGGCUCCCCAAGGCUGUGUGCUCUCCUCACUUCUCUCUGUAUACCAAUGACUGCAUCUCUAACGAUCCAUCUGUUUAACUACUGAAGUUUGCAGAUGAUACAACAGUGAUCGGUCUUAUUCGAGACAAUGAUGAAUCCACAUACAGAUAGGAGGUUGAACAACUAGCCUCGUGGUGUGACCAGAACAAUCUGGAACUGAACACACUCAAAACCGUAGAAAUGUUGGUAGACUUUAGGAGAAACCCUUCCAUGCUUCCACCUCUUACAACACAGUAUCAACAGUAGAGACCUUCAAAUUUCUAGGUUCUACCGUAACGCAAGAUCUAAAAUGGACAGCUAACAUCAAAAACGUCAUCAAACAAAGCACAACAAGAAUGUUCUUUCUGCACCAACUCAGAAAGCUCAAACUGCCCAAGGAGCUGCUUAUAAUAAUUAAUUAAUUAAUAAGGAGUUCUAUAGAGGAAUUAUUGAGUCUGUCAUCUGCACCUCUAUAACUGUCUGGUUUGGUUCUGCAACCCAACAAGACAGACACAGACUUCAGAGGAUAAUUAAAACUGCAGAAAAAACAAUUGCUACCUUCCAUUGACAACCUGUAUACCUGUUUACAGACCCCUCACAUCCUGGACAUAAACUAUUUCAACUCUUACCCUCAAAACGAUGCUAUAGAGCACUGCCCACCAGAACUAGACACAAGAACAGUUUUUUCCCGAAUGCCAUCAUUCUGCUAAACAAAUAAUUCCCUCAACACUGUCGAACUAUUUACUAAGUCUGCACUACUAUUAAUCUUCUCAUCAUUCCCAUCACCCAUCUCCUUCCAUUUAUGACUGUAUGAGUAUAACUUGCUUGUAUCCUUACUAUUUAUAUUGAUUGUUUCCUGGUUGCUUAUUUGUACCCUAUGACUUUCAUUAAGUGUUGUACCUUAUGAUUCUUUUCUUUUAUGUACACUGAGAGCAUAGGCACCAAGACAAAUUCCUUGUGUGUCCAAUCACACUUGGCCAAUAAAAAAUUCUAUUCUGUU